AUGGAGCGCCGCGCCGAGCCGCCUUUUUUCAAACAUCAAGAACGCGUCUAUUCCAAGGGCUACCUGCGCGCCUUCGACGGUACUGCCAGGCAGCGCUGGCUAGGGUCCGUAAGGACUGCGAAGGAGGCGCUACGCAAGAAAGAUCGCGCCGACUUUCAACACCUCGACUGGAGCGUCGCCUGGCAGUCAGCCCAAAGUCUGUCCCCAUCCACGCCAGUACAGGUGGCAGCUCCAACGACCUGGAUCCCACCUCUGCCGACAGAAGAGGAGCUCAACGCGCCCUUUGGAAGCUUUCAUGCUGGCUUUAUGCCAGAAAGUGAGGACAAUGACACGAUCUCUGCCAGGGUCUCCACGCUGCAGUACUCCUUCUAUCGCGAGAUGAAGGAGAGACUUGCCGAAGCCGAAAAUCUCACGGGAGAAAGAGGAAGAGGGCGAGAAGCAGAGGAGACGGAGGCGGCAGAGGAGAGCGAGGAAUGCAACACAUCGUCUCGGAUUAUCGAACAGGAGGGCCAAUCGCAUCGUAUUGGCUUCAUAGGGUUUGCGCAAUUCUCAGAGGACGCCUUUAGGCGCACUCCAGGGUCACUGUCAGCUGUUCCCUCGGCAGAGCAGAAGUUGGAGCUUGAAGUGAAUGUGCAGGUGGCCAUGCAGCUCGACACUCUCAAUGUCAAGGCAAUGAACAUUUGCCUAGACAAUGUCAUCAACCGCCUGGAGCCGCCUGGUGAGGCGAUCAAUCUAGCGUGGGUCAGAAUGAUGCAGAAGGAACUCGAUGCCUUGUUCUACCGCUGGCACGAAAAUGGGCAAAGGGUGACAAGAGCCUACUACAAGCACAUGGAUACCACUGGUGGGCAACUCACUCCGCUGAGCAGGUUCAGCGACACGACGUCCUCUUCAGGGAAGCGAUUAGGAAGAAGUUCUAUUCGGGCCAAAGCGACGGAGAUAGCCCUGGUCCUCCUCGCACGCUGCUUCGGUCCGGACCUCACCGGUGCGUUCCCCAGCGCCUUUGUGCGACCAAUGGAUCCGUUGCUUGAGAGCAAGGUACAUCAACAAUUAGUCGAGAGCAGCGAGUGGUUGAAGCUAGACGACGAGUGGGACAGGCUUUUCCGUAACGUGGGCGAGAAGCUGAGGGACUUCUAUACGAGUACGGUACUGGACACCUCUGCUGCUUCUGGGAGCUCACGUAGAGGGAUGAACCAUCACUUCGAGCUGCCUUGGUUGCCUGUCACGACGCGUGAGGUAUACUCGGAGAGGGACGUGUACUCGAGGAUCUUUAUGAUGGAGCUGCUUCGCGAGGGAUGUGGCCAGAUCAUCAAGGUGGCGACUACCCAGACAUUCUGAUCAGCGUCUCGGACCUAAUCUGACGCGACCCUUCUGAUAUCUCAAGGGGGUCGGUACAGGACUUCCAAUGUAAAGCUACUUCUCUGUAUCUUCUUCUCUCUCUCUCAUCCAAAUGUAAUCACUUUGUCUUACCAAUGAGCACGGGUUUCUUCGC